AUGUUCAAUCGCUCAGUGCUCCUGCUUUGUCUCUUCUGUAUUUGCGGGCUUUCCCUUGCGAUGGUUGUCGACCGUUCGAUGCUCGUCCCACCGCCACAAAAAGACAUCGUUCACGUUGGCGUUUGUGACGUCAAUUGCCCGUUGGGAGCUUGCAAUCUGUGUUGCACUCAACACAAUCGUCCACAGGGCGGCUUCUGCAUGGUAAAUCAGUGCUGGUGUCUC